AGAAUAAAAGAAAGAAAGAAGAGCAAAUGAAUGAUGAAACAGAACGAAUAACUGCUUAUCAGAAGCCAUUUUAUAUUAGUUUCCACAAAGUUUUAUUUAGCAGCUACCAAACACUGUUACCUACUGUAAAAGCUACUUAUGAAAUAGAGCCAGUCUGACCACUGGUCACUUCUCCACUGUCACCUCUCAGACGGCUGCACUGGUCUCCUAUCUGCUUUUGUUGCUUCGAAGUUUGCCUUCUGCCACAGUAGUCUUCUACAGAGAACCAGAUGAUCUACAAAUGUACAUCUCAUCACAGUCAGUCAGUCCGUCCUCUGCUUACAAUCCUCCAAAGGCUUCCCACUGCAGUUAGAAUGAAGCAUAGCCUCCCUUCCCAUGAACUGUGAAGCUCUAAUGAUCUGGCUCUACCUACCCCCUCUGGCUUCACCUCACGCCCCCUCUGACUAGUUUUCUCUUUUAGGCUUCAACUCAAAUGCCUCCUCCUCCACAAAGCCCUCCCUGACUGCUCUAGUUAAAUACUUCCUCCUCUCCCCCAAUCACUCUAACUGUGGUUCCCAAACUAUGUCCCAAGAUGCCCCAGGGUAACAUGGGGUAUAUUAAAUUUGAGGGAAACACGGUGAUACAUGACAUUUAUAGAACACUAAGAUACAGAGAAACAAACAAAGCCAUGGUGAUUGCCCUCAAGGGGUUAACAGUCUAGUAGAAGAGACAGACGUGUCAAGAAAUAAUCAUUAUACAACAUAUUCAGUGCAAUACUAGCUGUAGACACAUAACUAGAAAUAGCUAAGAAGGGAUUAAUUUGUGGUAGGAGUGCUGAGUUGCUGGUGGAGGAUGGCUUCAGAGAGGAAGUGACAGCAGCAAUUAAAAUGUACUGAAUUAUCUUACAGUUCUGCCUUUGGGUUGAUUCUGAUGAUCCUGCUACAAAUGCAAUUCUAACAUCUAAUUUAUUAUGUAUGACUUCCAACUAGCAACUAUGCUUUACAAAAGCGUGUCCAAGAUUGCAAGUAAAUUUUGCUAUCAGGAGGUAGAAAUGAAAUAUUUUUAGGGAGAAUGAGUCAUUUCACUUAAAAAAAUGGGAAUAUUUGCUUAUGUGUAGGAGCAAGUGUUGUGUCCUAAAUCCUAAAGCAAGAUAGUGAUGAGUGGGAGGUAGUGACUCUGGGCUUGGAGCCAUAGGGUGCUUUGGAAAACCAACUCUAUCAUUUAGGACUCAAGAUGGAUGGGAGCAGGAAGGAAAAAUAACGUUCUCCAGCUCUACCCACAGGCUUCUAACCCUAUUUCCCUCAGAGGCUAAAGUGUGUGAAAAGGGCUCUGAAAAUGAGAGAAAUGACUGUUGUUAUUUCUUCCUGCAACACCCAGGCUGUCAGAGACCGCUGGAGGAAGGGAGGCUUGGCCCUGCCUCCACAAUCAUCUCUAGCCAGACCUGCCACAUGGGACCCAUCAGCUGUCAGUAAUAUGUUCCAUUUCUUUUGAGAAUGUAUGGGGAAGUUUCAAACAGGAAGCAAGAUGGGAAGCAAAGACUAGAGGAGGUAUGAAUGGACGGGGGAGUGGGAACUAUUUUAUUCUGUGUUUCCAAGCCCAAAGACAAUUUAACAUUUCUUAUUCUAUUGUCUAAAAAACUAAGCUGUAUACAAGUUCAUUUACAUCUGUCUUAUUUACCCAUCUUCCUUCGUAACUUACCACUGCAGAAGAAGCACCAGCACAAACUAUCCAAAUGAGAAGAAAAUGACAAUACCCCUUUGAAGUAUUAGGUUUACAAGUCAAGCUAAAGAGAGAUUUUGCAAAUCAAAUGAAUUUAAGUCAACAAUUUAAAUUGUGACACAUUAAACUGAAGAUACCCAAAACAAAAACAAACCUGCUGCCAUCGAGUCAAUUCCGACUCAUAGCGACCCUGUAGGACGGAGUAGAAUUGCCCCGCAGGGUUUCCAAGGAGCAUCUAGUGGAUUCGAACUGCAGACCUUUUGGUUAGCAGCCGUGCUCUUAACCACUGAGACACCAAGGCUCCAAACUGAAGAUAGAGUUAAAUAUAAAACCAAGAGUAAAAACUGAAUUUUAUCAAAGUAAAAUCUCCUUUCCAAAAUUGCAUUACCAGAAACUGGAAAUAAUUUCAUUUUUAUGGAUGGCUCUAUCUCCAGCUAAACAGCCAGGUUCAGCAUAUGAAUUACAGAUGGAUUAAAUGAACAGAAACUAGGCCAUGUGCAAAUCAAAUAAUAAAUUCCUGAAUUUAGAUGAUUCCUAGAAAAUUUUCAAUUAAAUAAAAUGUAUUUUUCAUAUUUUUUUUGUUAUAAUUUCUUCAAUAUGGCAUUCUUUUUCAGUUUGUGUUAGCAUACAUUAUGUAGCUGAAGUAUUAACCACUUACCUUUGAUUGUAAAAAUCUUGGUUUGAUGAGAUUUAAUUAGAAGCUCAGAACACACUGAGCAGUGGCAAAAACAAACAAAACAAAACCCCUCAAAACUAGCAAACGAAAACAAACAAACACAAAUUCACAAAAUCAAGUUCUGGCUAAGCACUGAUGACAAAUUCAGGCCAAUGUGACACUAAUGGAGAAUUUUCAAAGUAGUCAAGCACCCAAAACUUUUAACAUCUUACAAUGUUGAUCUUCCAUGAUUGGUUAAAUUUAUAAUUAUGUAACAGAGCUCAAGAACUAACUUUUGAAACAGCUGGGAGAAUAAAAGAAAGGAUAAUUUCGGACAGCUCAGUUAUGAAGUAGAAACUGCGCUUUAAAAAUGGGUAAAAAUGAGAGAUGGGGCAGAUUCAAAACUAACUGUUCGCAUCAAUUUUCAGCUGCCUUCUGUAAAGGACCGUAUAAGUUCUGCUUUCUUUUUUAAAUGAACAUAACUACACUGUGUGGGAAUUACAGCCUAUUCAAGACGGAUUAUUAGGGAUGAGUAAGAGUUAAAGGACUUUCUUGGGUAUCACGUAGCGUGCUUCUGUUGGCCAGAGGCUCAGCCUGAGUCACUGCAUACUGAAAAUCAGUGGUGUCACACCCUUUCCCUGCAGAGGACAAGGCGAGUUUCCUGCCUGCAGAGCACAGGGGAGCAAACUUCUAUGGAGACGGAUUUCCAUUUACUGAUAGCACAUGGAACUGAUGCGAAACCGUGCUUCCAACUGUGUUCUGUAACUUUAUACAUCUGAUAACCAUUUGAGAAUUGGGACUCAGGUCAUCAAAAUGAAAGCUCUCAUGUUUGCAGCUGCUGGGCUACUGCUUCUGCCGUCCACUUUCUGUCAAAGUGGUAAGCUCCUUCUUAUGGGGUGGCGUGGGGGUGUUGGUUUAUGUUAUGCAUUGAGUCAGCUGAACCUAAUUUUCUUUACAUUUCACACAAACUACAAACCAAAAAAGGCAGAGCUUGAUCUUAGUUAUUAAAUGGUGAAGUCAUGGAAGUAUCUACAGCUUGUUCACUCUUUCAAAUCUUGCCACUGACUAAGUGUUCUCUGCCGAUGUUUAAAAAAUUUGUGCCAUAAUCAAGAUUUUAGGUAUCUACAAUUAAGCCAAAAAUCAAUGUUCUUUGUGAGAAGUUUUUGGCUUUUUAAGAAUUUUCUCUGAUUCAGCCAGGAUAGUACUUUCACAAGGGGUAAAAAGAAAAGCCCUAUGUUUAUACCUCCUGGUAUAAACAAAAUGGGGGGAAACAGAAAUAUUGCUAGACAGAGCAAAUCAUCUGCUUUCAAACGCCAGUGAUGCUGAGAUGUAAAUAACAAAUCAGCGUUUCCCAAAUGAAAUAUCUUUUUGACUUUCAAUGGUAGGAGCGAGUUCUCUCAUCCUCAUAUAUGAAUUUUUAAUUUUAGAAAUCAGAUCUCCCAAAGGGCAUUAUUCAACUGUUAAUGAGUUUCCUAUUUCACCUAUCACAACGUUAGCCUGUAACCUGCUUGCUCCAAAAUUAGCAAAUCUGUGAUUGGUCUGUACCCACAACCUUCUACUGUUAUGUCAUCUCCAGUCAACACUGUUAAGAGUUGGAAGGGGGUAGUGAGGGAAGACUACAGUGAGAAAAUCACCACCACCACCCUUGUAAGGGACUAUUGCUUAAAUUGAUAGUUGGAAUCCCAGAGGUUAUAGAAAAGUUCUAAGAGAAUUUGCAGACAGCAGCAGCACAUGCGGAAUCUAUGAAUAGGAUAAGUAAAUGCUCUUUCUGGCGCGGAUGAGCCAAAUGCUGAGCAGCAGAAUUGCAAAAGAACAGAGGUUUGUGGAGGUGGUUCCUUCAGGAUGCUAGUGGGCUCUGGUGAAAUUGAAAAGAAGGGAAUUUAAAGGAGGUAAAGUAAGUCAAAACAAGUGAAUGUGCCUUUUUUGAUUGGGGUAGGGGGAAAAAUACGAGGCACUGAAGGAAGGAACCAUUACCUAGUGGCUGAAUUUUGGAUUAGUUUUCUUCCAUGGCCUUUUCUCAGAUAGAAAAACAUUUCAGAAACAUUAUGCCAAAUUGAACCUGUAUAAAGAAUUCAAAUAAAGUUUGUUUGUUUUUUUUUACAUAAAAUUUUACAUUGAGUCCUAUUUUCAGGAACUGGGCUCUAAGGAAUAAAAGAUUUAUUUACGCUGAACUAGAUCUGGAAUUCUAGUAGAAAAUGGAAUCCAGUCAGCUUUUCACAAACACAGUGACUGGUAUACGUUUUUAGGCACCAUGUCUUGCUCAAUCACAGGAAUUUCUGAAAACAAAACACUUGGUUUCAGUAGCUCUCUUAUCAAAUCCUGAAGGGAUUACUUGUACAGCAUGUUUCUUAAUCCAUCAUUUUCCAGUUUUGUGUCCGUCUUUAAAAGCAGUCUCUGUGGGUGACGUUGGUGCAAGAACAUUUCCAAAAUACACAAAUGAGUGGAAGGACUCCUGUGGCUGAACGGAAGUCUCACACAACAUGCCUUCAAAGAUGGCACAGAAGAAUGCCACCUCCCACAUUUUUCUUCCCUUUUCUUUAAUCGUGCUACCUUUCCUUAAGUGACACCGAUCACCCACAUGUGCCUACUUGUUGAGGUAACACUCUCCCUCUACUUUACAUGCUGAAUUCAGUUGUGCAAUCUCAGGCUUAUGAGAAAGGCUUCAUUUCACCUUAGGGCUAACUGCUAGAGAUUAAAGCAGGAAGAGAAACUAUGAAUGAGAAACGGGUUACUAAACACUAACCACAAAUUUUCAACCAGUAGGAAUUCAGAGGUCAUGUGAAAAGACGUAACUGGCAGAACAUUGACCUCUUUAAUUAAUAAGUAUGAGGUUAUAUUUACCAUCUUAAGGUAACAUUAGAAAUUUGAGAGAAUCUAUUUUCUAUACGGAGUUCCUGGGUGGUGCAAACGGCUAAUGCACUCUGCUAACUGAAAGUCCACCCAGAGGCACCUUGGAAGAGGCGUGGUGAUCUACUUCUGAAAAAUCAGCCAUUAAAAACCCUAUAUUGUACAGUUCUACUCUGACACACAUGGAGGUGGCCAUUAAUCAGAACUGACUCACCGGUAACUGGAAUUUUCUAUACACAUCAAAGAUUAAUUAAUGGAAAAAUUGUAUCAUGAUAAACAGGUUUGACCAUUCAAGUUUGUUUGUGUAACUGCCUUUUCAGAAAUUAGGAUUACUAAUAUCUGCAUGCAAUGUAAUGCCAAAUACUUAUAGUAUGUGGUUGAUGUGUUUCUAUGCUUUUAAAAUUCAUUCCUAUCUUCUAAGGCACCAUAUUGAUUUCACCUUCUGAUAUUUGUGACCUUGCCCCUUAAAAAUCAGGCAUUUUCCGUAAAGUUUACGUUUAGAUUCUUUCUUCUCACAUCUCUCCCUAGACCAUCUCAACUACUUCUACUAAAUCAAACUACAACUUCUAUGCAGACUAAUAAACCCAUACCUUUAAUCUGGGCUCCUGGAAUUUUGGACACUACACUUAGUCUUCCAACCCUGCCAGCCAUUUUCAUACAUUGCUAUACCACCCACAAUUCAAACUCAGUAAUAGUAAAACCUGAGAUUUAGCUUCCCCUCAGUCUUGCUCCCUUGUUCCCGCAACUCAGUUAAUGGCAUCCUCCUCCUCCAAGUCAUCUGGAGUAGAAGUCAUGAGUCACUCUUUUGCCUCCUGCCUCUCCCUUACCGCCCCCCACAGUCCAUCAGAUGACGAGUCCCUUUGAGCCCUCAUCACUGAGUCUCUCGUGUUCAUCCCUCCUUUCCACCACCAUUGCUCUCAUUCAGUAACUCAUCAUCUUCAGUUUGAAUGAUUACAGUAGCCUUUAAAUCAGGCCCCCUUGCCUCUAGCCUUUCCACUCUAUUCUUUACACUGUCAACCAAAGUCACCUUAAACACAAGUCAAAUCAUGAGUGUAUUAGUUUCCUAUUGCUGCUGCAACAAAUUACCACAAACUUAGUGGCUUAAAACAACACAGAUUUAAUAUCUUACAGUUCUGGAGGUCAGAAGUCCUAAAAUCAAGGUGUAGGCAGGGCUGCACUAUUUCUGGAAGCUCUAGGAAGAGAAUCUGUUUUUUUGUCUUUUUCAGCUUCUGGAUGUUGCCUGCAUUCCUUUGCUCAUGGUCCCUUCUUCCAUCUUCAAAGUUAGCAGCAUUAAUAUCUUCAAACCUUUCUCUCUGACUUUGAUUCUCCUGGCUUCUUCUUAUCAGGACCCCUGUGAUUACCCUGGGCCUAUAAUCCAGAUAAUCCAGGACAAUUUCCCCAUCUCAAUUUCCUUAAUUACACCUGCAAAGCCCCCUUUGCCAUGUAAGGUAACAUAUUCACAGGUUCUAAGGAUUAGGAUGUGGAAUCUCUGGGGAGCUACUGUCUACCAGACUGGUCAUUUCUCUGUUGAAAAUCUUGUAUGUGCGAUCCCUCAAAAUUUAUGAAUAAGCACAUGAUUUUUUAGGAAAGUUCAGAGGCCCUUCAGGAAUUUGGCUGUAAUCUACCUGCUCAAUAUCAUCUCCUGUAAGACAAUGUAUUUAUGCACCUGUCUGCUAGCCUGAAAGUUAGUAAAGAUAGAGAUGGGAUUUAUUAAAACUUUAUACCACUGGUAUGUAAGUAUGCAAUAAACAUUUGCUGAAUCAACUUCAACACUCCCAAAUCCCAUGUCAACUCACAGUAUGUCUUUGUCCGUUCAUCACCUACCAGAAUAUUAUUGAUCUAUUAAAUUUCAACUUUAUGAACCUUGCUCACUUUUGCUCAAGUUCAUCUUUUCCUUGACAUUUUGCUCAAAUACCUGAAUCUGUUAACUACUGCCUGAACGCCUACAGAGUUCAUCAUCAACAUGACAUUGGCCUAUAAUGGUCUGAUGCACUAUUUUUGUCUUCCCCACAAUAUAUAUAAACUCCUUACUUGCAAGGUCUCAUCUAGUUUCUAACAGCUCCUGCAAGGAUAGCAUGGUGCUGGGGUAUAUGUACUGUUGAUUGUCUGACCUAUAAAACUUUUUUAAAAUAAAAAUGACCCUAAUUCUAGAACUACAGAAAUUAUGCAGCAUAAGAUACUUAGUUUUAUUUUCUCCUGAAGCGCAGAUAUGGUUCUGCAACAAAUCAUAUACUAAUACUUCUUUCAAUUACAGGCAUGGAAAAUGACGCCGACAACUUGGCAGGGCCAACUUUACCUAUUAAGACCUUUCGUGGUGAUCCCCAAAAUUUUUUUGAAGAGUUUCCCUUUUCUGCCAUAGAAGGCUGGACGGGAGCCACCAUAACUGUAAAAACUAAGUGUCCUGAAGAAGGUGUUUCAAAUCUCCACGUGAAUAAUGCUACCAUGGGGUAUCUGAGAAGCUCCUUAAGCACCAGACUGAUACCCACCAUCUAUAUCCUGGUAUUCAUGGUUGGCGUGCCAGCCAACGCAGUUACCCUAUGGAUGCUCAUCUUCAGGACCAGAUCCAUCAGUACGGCCAUCUUCUACACCAACCUGGCCAUUGCGGAUUUUCUUUUUUGUAUCACACUACCCUUUAAGAUAGCUUACCAUCUCAGUGGGAACAACUGGGUGUUUGGAGAGGUCAUGUGCCGGGCCACCACUGUCAUCUUCUAUGGCAACAUGUACUGCUCUAUUCUGCUCCUCGCCUGUAUCAGCAUUAGCCGCUACCUGGCCAUUGUCUACCCUUUCACUUACCGGGGGCUGCCCAAGCGCACCUACGCCUUGCUAACAUGUGGAUUAGUGUGGGCAAUGGUUUUCUUAUAUAUGCUGCCAUUUUUCAUCCUGAAGCAGGAGUACUAUCUUGUCCAGCCCGAUAGCACCACCUGCCAUGAUGUCCACAAUACAUGCGAGUCUUCAUCUCCCUUCCAAAUCUACUACUUCAUUUCCUUGGCAUUCUUUGGGUUCUUAAUUCCGUUUGUGGUCAUCAUCUUCUGCUACACAGCCAUCAUUAGGACACUUAAUGCACAUGAUCAUAGAUGGUUACGGUCAGUGAAGGCAAGUCUCCUCAUCCUUGUGAUUUUUACCAUUUGCUUUGCUCCAAGCAAUAUUAUACUCAUUAUUCACCAUACUAACUACUACUACAACAGCACUGAUGGCUUAUACUUUAUCUAUCUCAUAGCUUUGUGCCUGGGUAGCCUAAAUAGUUGCCUAGAUCCAUUCCUUUAUUUUCUCAUGUCAAAAAUCACAGAUCAUUCCACUGCUUAUCCUACAAUGGUGAAAUCAUCUUAGAGAACGAGGAAAGCCAUGUGUGAAAAUAUACAUUCUUGGGAUAACAUACGCAUAGUGCAAGGAGCUCUAUCCUAUACUUACAUGUAAGUACUCCAAAGAAAAAAUGCUUCAAAAUUAAACGUCACAACAAAAGCACAAUUUUUUAAAAUACUUUAUCAGUAUUUUGAGACUACGAUUCAUUAGAAAAGAUUUUGUCACUUUCUUUGUGACAACUUACACGUUUCCAUUUGUCUUCUGGUAGUUUAAAUCCUUACACCUCCAAAUGAAAUUCUCUUCUAGUUUUUUCUCCUUCCUAUUUCUGUGAGUGGCAGUGCCAUCACUGAAAUUUAGCAUCAUGUUUUAUUCUUCUGUCUCCUUUGAUUCUCAUAUGGGUGGCUGAUUCUAUCUUUGCAACUUCUGCUAUCUUUGUAAUGUCUCUCACUAGGAUCCGAGUCCCACCUUUGCCUUCUAACCAUUCUCCUCACUGCCAAGCUACCCUCCAUUUCGCAGGUAAUUGCCAGACUAAUCUUCCUCAAAUAUCACUUUGAAUCCAGUACUCAAAAACGCCAUCUCGAAAUCUGUCAUUGACUAUACACUGCUUCUGGAACAAAUUAUAAAUUUUCAAUCUGGCAUUCAGGGCUAACUUUAUUAUCCUUUUUCCUGUUAAACCUUGCAUAUGAGGUAGGCACAGGCUAAACUUCUUGCUUUGCUGUGAUCUAGACUUCUCCUCUCUUUCUCCUGCCUCUGACUAGAAAGCUAAUUCUAUCAUUUUUGUCCCAAGUUUGUCCAACUCUUGAAGUCCUCAGAGGACCGUUCUUCCACUUUUAUUACAGCACUUUUAAAUAGCUCAUUUACAAGCAAAUAAUAAUUCCAUAAACACACAUAAAGCACUAUGUGUAUAGUGGAGAAGGUGCUUAUCCUCUCCCUUCUUUGAGCUCUGUGGCAACCCCAGGGUCAAGUCUUCUCAGCCUCUGUGGGUCCUAGCCCCAAGCUUUGCAGACCAUGCUGCUGGAUGCAUGAAUGAAUAAAAUCCCAAAGCAUCCUAACAGCAUGAAAGCCCGUUAAAGUCAUGCUGAAAGGGCAAGGUGGUCCGUAUUGCACAGAACAUCACUUCUGGUUGGAGAUGUUAAAAAAAAGUAAGGACGAUAAAAUAAAAGUAUACUCAUAAGGUCAUUUCAAAUUUUAAAAUAACCCUUCCACUAUUCCUUGCAUACAUAUAGUUCUUAACAGGGAAAACUGUGUUUUAUUAUAAAUGUCCAGUAUAUUGCUGUAGGUGAAUAAUUAUGUUUCCCUUUGCUGAGGGAUUAGCCAGAAGUGGGGUAUUGGUGGUUAAGGGUGGGGUGGUGUUAGUGAAUACGAAUGAGGUUAAGGAAAUCUUUAAGGAUGAAGGAUUGUGGAGAUGCCAUUUACUUUUACAGUAGGAAUGUGCAUUGACCAUAUACUUUGUAAUAACCAAGAAAAGAAUUAAAAAAAAAAAACCCAU